CCCCGCGGUGCUGUUUGGAAUCGGACCGUCGGAGCGCCGCCGUUGUCCCAGCGCUGUGUCCCGGGCUGGGCCCGGCCCUGGGGUAAUCCUGCAGCACCGAGGGAUUACCGCUGGCGCUGCCCUGGAGGAUUAAGGGAUUUCUCAAAGCGGGGUUGAUGCGAGCUCUGCAAAGCGGCUUGUGCCGGGGGCCCGCAGCUGGGGCAGCGCCGGGGUGGGCUGGGGACGGGCAGCCCGUUGCCAGCCCUGCUGUCUGGGCAGGUCCCAGCAGGUGCCUUAGCAUGGGCUCAGUGGGGCGCUUUGGAGGCUCAGCCCUGCAGCAGGCACUGGGGGCUGUGGGGACACGGGGGUGAAGCUCUGUGUAGCUCUGAGGUGGGCCUGAGGUGAGAUCCGGGUCGCUGGGAGAACAGGCAACAUAGGACUGGGGACAGCCCGGGUUCAGGGAGUGUGGGGCAGAGAGAUAUUGGGGCUUCGGAGCAUGCAGUGUUGUGAGAAAGGCCUUUAGCCAAAGUAGACAGAGCAGAGUGUGAUGAGCAGCACUGCUGACACGCAGAAAUUGUAUGGAGGCCCUGGUAGGGCCACGCAUCCCUGAGCUGUUGUUUCAGCCCAGCCACGGCUCUGGGUGCACAGUACUGUGCCCACUGCCCAGAGCUGGGGCUGCAGGGUGGAAGCAGAGCAGCCUUGCACCACUCCCAGGGCUGCUCUUGGGCAGACAGAGGCCAGGGCCUCAGCCACAGUUGGUGCAGCUCGUUUCAAGUGCCCAUGGCUGCCCUCCCUGCACAGGCUUCCUCUGGCCCAGCCCUGUGUCCCUGCGGCUCCUUACAGCUUUCACCUCUGUGUAGCAGGAGGCAGCAGCUGCUUUGCUUCCCCUGGAAGGGGAAGCAGUGCAACUCAGUUGUGGAGGUGAUGAGCGCCUGGGAGCAACUGCUCCCAUCUCUUUCCCACCCAUCCACAGCUGCUCCCAAUACCUGGGUAACUCCUGCCUGUGCCCAACACUGCAUCCCUCAAGGUCCUGUGUCCAUUCCCAUAGCCCUUCCCCAUCUGAGCACUGCCUGCCCACUUUGGAGUUCUCCCAUCUCAGCCCAUCUCAGUGCUGCCCGGUACAGGUGAGCAGAACUCAGGCUCCCAGCAGCAGUCCCAGCUGUCCCAGGUGCCGUCUGCAGGACGUGGCCUCAUGCCCCGACAGGCUCUGGAGUUUGUUACUCACGGACUUGCCCCACGCUGGGGAAUCACUCCUGCUUGCAGGGAGGGAAGGAGCUGUCUGUCCGGUUUGGGCUCGCUCGGCGCCUGUGGGGCUGGCAGAUUGGGGGCCGGGUGCAGUGGGGCCAAACGCUGCCCCCAGCCCUGCCGGGGGCCAAUAGCUCAGUCAGAGCCCCAGCUCCUGCUGUGGGAGCUGCCAGGGCCUGGGGAAUCGUCUCCAGCACAGCCGUGGUGUUCCAGCUCCAGGCUGCCCGCUCUGCGCUCCCAGGUGCCCAAGUCCAUCGGGGCCAUACUGGGGAGCAGCGUUCCCCUGUGCCCCACAACUGAGGGCUGUGGCAGCACCCCUCUCCCCACGCCUGCUCCAGCCCGUUGUGUCUCUUUAUGCACCUUCCUUUUAUGCAGGGAAGGUUGCUACGCAACCAGCGGCUCUUGAUGCUUAAAGCUCUAAUACGGAGGGAUAAAACCGCUCUAAAAAUACCCCACCAUCAGCCGCCUGGGUGCUGGGGCUGGCGGGGGGCAGGCAGCCUGAGGGCAGGGGUGCUGUUGGGAACUUCCCAACUCUGCGUCCUCCAAGCGGCUUUGAGCUGCCGGCCGGUGCCCAGGAACACCAGCAGCUGCUGUGCCGGCACGGAGCGGGAUUGGCUGGGGCUGGGCGCGUGGGCUCCUGCUGUUGGAGCCUCCCGCUGCCAGAGCCGCCUCAUCCUGCUCCAGGAGGAGCGGGGACACCCGGGGCAGCCCCGGCUGCAGGGAGCUGCUGCUGCUGUGUGGUGCCCGCCUGCCCUCUGCCUGCCCCAGGGGAGCCGGCGCUGCGCAGCAUGGGGACGGUCAGCGAGCUCUGCGCCUCCAGCUUUCAGGCCUUCCUCUGCCCCUCCGUGGCCUCCACGGCAGUGCCCAGUGACCUGACCCCGGAGGAGUGCCAGGAGCUGGAAAACAUCCGCCGCCGCAAGCAGGAGCUGCUGGCUGACAUUCAGCGGCUGAAAGAUGAGAUCGCAGAAGUGACGAAUGAGAUCGAGAACCUGGGCUCCACAGAGGAGAGGAAAAACAUGCAGAGAAACAAGCAGGUGGCAAUGGGCAGGAAGAAGUUCAACAUGGAUCCCAAGAAGGGCAUCCAGUUCCUGAUUGAGAACGACUUGCUGAAGAACACGUGUGAGGAUAUCGCUCAGUUCCUCUACAAGGGAGAGGGCCUCAACAAAACAGCCAUUGGGGACUACCUGGGUGAGAGGGAUGAGUUCAACAUCCAAGUCCUGCAUGCCUUCGUGGAGCUGCACGAGUUCACGGACCUCAACCUCGUCCAGGCACUGCGGCAGUUCCUGUGGAGCUUUCGGCUGCCAGGAGAGGCACAGAAGAUCGAUCGGAUGAUGGAGGCCUUUGCACAGCGGUACUGCCAGUGCAACCCCGGCGUCUUCCAGUCCACAGACACCUGCUAUGUGCUCUCCUUCGCUAUCAUCAUGCUGAAUACCAGCCUGCACAACCCCAACGUCAAGGACAAACCCACAGCAGAGCGCUUUAUUGCCAUGAACCGUGGCAUCAACGAUGGGGGGGACCUGCCUGAGGAGCUGCUGCGGAAUCUCUAUGAGAGCAUCAAGAAUGAACCCUUCAAAAUCCCAGAGGAUGAUGGCAAUGACCUCACCCACACCUUCUUCAACCCCGACCGGGAGGGCUGGCUGCUGAAGCUGGGAGGAAGGGUGAAGACGUGGAAGCGGCGCUGGUUCAUCCUGACAGACAACUGCCUUUACUACUUUGAAUACACGACGGAUAAAGAGCCACGUGGCAUCAUCCCCCUGGAGAACCUGAGCAUCCGUGAGGUGGAGGACUCCAAGAAACCCAACUGCUUUGAGCUCUACAUCCCAGACAACAAGGACCAGGUAAUCAAGGCGUGCAAGACGGAGGCGGACGGGCGGGUGGUGGAGGGCAACCACACCGUGUACCGCAUCUCAGCCCCCACACCUGAGGAGAAGGAGGAGUGGAUCAAGUGCAUCAAGGCAGCCAUCAGCCGGGACCCAUUCUACGAGAUGCUGGCUGCCAGGAAGAAGAAGGUUUCCUCCACCAAGAGGCAUUAGCAGCCCGGCGAGGCCGCCGUGCCCCAGGCAGCACCAUACCUCCCAUCCCCAGGGCUGCGGGGCUGGGGCUCAGCACGGCCGUGGGGCCAGGACCCAGCUUCAGCUUUGCAGUUUCUUUACCGUGGGGGGAGGGAAAGAGCAAGGGCGUCUCGGUGCCAUUGCCACCUCACUUCCAGACAGCUCCAGGCUGCAGUUGGGAUUCCCCUGCACGCAGUCCUGGGGUUGGCUGUGGGAUGGGAAGUGCCACCUGUGCACAUCGCUCUCCCUUCCCACCUUGGCAGCCCAAUGCUUGUCCAGCAUUCCCCCGCUGAGCUCCCCCUGAGCAGCUUCCAGCCCUGGGCAGCAUUGAGCUGCAGCCAAUGGGCAGAAUAAGAGCCAGAUCAAGGGGAAUCCAGGGACCCCAUGUUGGGGACAUGCUUCUGGGUCCCAGCACUCGUGUCCUGAAGCACUUGAGGUGUCCCAUCCUGGAGAAGAAGGCUGGUGGCUGUGGGGUGCUGGAGGCAUGGGGGGCAGCCCUGGGGCAGUGGCAGCACUCCUGGCCCUCGUUGUAGCGGGCUUGGGGUGCCCUCCCCAGCCAUGAGGUGCCAGAGCUGGGUGAGGCUGCAGUCUGAUGGCACUGGGCUGGUGCUGCCUUGCCACAUCCUGCAGCCAUGAGCCCCUUGGUGCCGGGUUGGGACGGCCAUCGUGAGCCCCCCUGUUCCCAGGCAGGACUGCACCAAGGAUGGCUGCAAUCAGGAUGUGGCCCCACGAGCACCACGGCCGUCCCAUUCCCCAGCCACACGCACAGGUCCGGAGAGGCACCUGGAUCAGUAUUAGUCUAUUUAUCAGAGGUGUAAAUAUUCCUGUAUAGUUUUCUCCUUUUAGAUUAUUUUGUAUGUUGGGGUUCUGUGCAGAGGUCUCUCUGGAGGGCGCGGUGUGGCAGGAUUUUGUAUUCUUUUUUUUUUUUCCUUUUUUUUUUUUCCUUUUUUUUUUUUUGCCACGGCUUUGUAAACUGCUGAGGAUCUGCAGCCAAUAAACACCGAACUGCGCUCAA